CCUUUUUGCGCUGGGCGAACUCAAGGUGCGUGGCCUGUAGCGUUCGCCCCUCCCUCCCCCUCUCCUCAUCCGCUAGCCCCCCUGCCCUGGCCCCGAAGCCCCGGCGGCGAUGCCGCCCGCCGCCGCCGCCAGCCGGCAGCGCAGCCAGUCCUCCCGCUCCCCCGCGCCGACCGGGGAGCCCUCGCCCGCCGGGCCAGCGCCUCGCGGCACGUCGUACGGGAGCAGCACGGCCGAGGAGCUCGAGGGCCUGGCCCGGAAGCUCCCGGCAAGCCCAGCGGCCGUGGCGGGCCGGCUGCCCGCCUGGCAGCUGGUGCGCAGGGUGUGGCUGAUCUCGGUGCUCGCCGGCAUUGGUCGCGCGGAUUCAACAUGCUGGAGGUGAACAUCUUCCUGCCCUACCUCUACACGCGGGUGCGCUGCUGCGGCGCGGGCCCCGGCGCCACGCCGCUGGGGGAGCAGUACGACGUGCGGGCGGACCUGGAGGUCAGGGCCAUACGCGAGGAGGCGGCGGCGCAGGGCCUGGCCAUCGAGGGCGGCGCCUCCAUCGCGGCGUGCGCGGUGCCCGCCUUCCCGGCCAGCAGCCGGCAGUGGAGCCUCAGCCCGUUCUGCGGCAACCGGGCCUUCGUGGAGGACCGCGCACAGAGGGUGGUCGGCAUCAACGGCCCGCUGCAGAAGCUCGCAGGCCUGGCGGUGCUGCCCGUGGGGGGCGCCGUGGCCGACGCCGUCGGACGCAGGCCCGUGCUGAUAGCGUACGCGGUCGUUCUCAUGGCGGCGUGCUUCUUGUACGCUCUGGACGCUGCCGUGCAGAGCUCGUACGGCGACGUCGGCCUGUACCUCGCGGGUGCAUUGCUCUGUGUGUCCUGGGACCCGAAGGACAACGUGGUCAACGGCGCCGUGUCCGACAUGGUCAGCGGAGAGGCAGACAGGGGCCGGGCGUUUGCCUUCAUCGUGGCCCUGAACAGUGUCGGUAUGGUUGUCGGGUUUAUGGCAUCGUUCUUCUGCUUGCGGAUGCAUUUGGAGAACUAUCUUCUGCCGUGGCUGUUCUUUGCUUGCAUCGGUAUGGGUAUCUUUGGAUUUCUAGCUCUGGGCAUGCCCGAGACCUAUCCUGCUCAUCUGCGCAGUCCAGUGACAACAAGCAUGCUUAACCCAUUGAGUUCACAUUUGCGCAAUUUCUCGCUGAUCUCCCGCGAUCGAGUACUAGUUGGGCUGACAGCUUUGCAUUUCUUGUUAAUGUUUCAUUUUGUAGGCUUCAUUACGCAGGGGUUCUCAUACUUACUGCUCAUGGGCUUCUCCAUGGAGGAGGCUGUACUUCCAGGCGUGGUGGGCAGUAUGGCACAGGUUGCAUGGUCGUUCGUGGUCAUGUUUGCUCUGCCCAGGCUUGGGGUGAGAACUUGCUACAUUAGCGGCCACGCCAUGUUCGCAGUGGCCUAUCUGUUCUGGGGGCCAUAUACUGUCAUGAUCGGUCGCAGCGGUCCGUACAUUGGGAACGUAGCGCAGGGAGCGGCCUUCGCAUUAAUAAUUCCGUCUAUGCAGGCUAUCAUCAGCCAGAGGGUUGAGAAAGACAACCAGAGCAAGAGCUUUUCCGCAGUCUCUGCUGUGUCCACAGUAGGCUGUAUGCUCGGAAUGGCGUUCUAUUCGGGGGUGCUCUUCAGUGGCACGGCCACCGGCAUGAUGAGGGCCCUGCCCGCCAUCGUGUCAGCGUGUCUCGCAUUGGCGUGCACCGUGCUUGCUGCGGUGCUUUUCCUGGUCGUUCCUGCGGGAGGCCAUGCUGGCGAGUCCUGCCCGGAGCCCAGCAAGCAUCGCAGUGGCCCCUGACUCUGGCUGUACAAACCACGUCUAGCAACUGCAUUUCUCCAGCCUCGGCAUCUUGACGAGGUCUGUUUGAUGUCGAUGUUCUGCGCCGAGACCGCGAUGCGGCUUGGUGCCAGAACAGAUAUUGAAUGAUGCUCCGUAUUCAACCAACCGUGCAGAGCGCAGUUGGAAAGAAAAAUACAUAAAAAAUUGCGUGAUGACCUAACUCUUCAUGUUUCGCGUCUCCCCACCAGCCCAUUCAGAAGCCCUGCCCACGAGAGCUG